CAGAGUUUCUCCUGAAGCUGAAUUCAGAUCAGCAGUUAAAGCUCGUCACCCAGUCUUUUUUCUUUUAAGCUCGAUCUAAUGUGCUCAAUCCCGCCUCCUGUAAGGCAGCCCAAGGAUAUCACAUAGUAAAAUGGCUGAAAAGCAGAAACACGAAGGCAGGGUAAAGAUAGGACACUACAUCCUCGGAGAUACGCUCGGAGUGGGAACAUUUGGAAAAGUUAAGAUUGGAGAGCACCAGCUAACAGGACAUAAAGUUGCUGUGAAGAUCCUAAACAGACAGAAGAUCCGCAGUCUCGAUGUUGUGGGGAAAAUCAAACGAGAGAUUCAGAACCUUAAGCUCUUCAGACAUCCACAUAUCAUCAAGCUGUAUCAGGUGAUCAGCACUCCCACAGACUUCUUCAUGGUGAUGGAAUACGUGUCUGGAGGGGAACUCUUUGACUAUAUUUGUAAGCAUGGAAGGGUGGAGGACACAGAGGCAAGACGGCUCUUCCAGCAGAUCAUCUCAGCCGUAGAUUACUGCCACAGACACAUGGUGGUGCACAGAGACCUCAAGCCUGAGAAUGUACUGCUGGAUGGCAACAAGAAUGCCAAGAUCGCUGACUUCGGUCUGUCAAACAUGAUGUCUGACGGAGAGUUCCUAAGAACGAGCUGCGGAUCACCAAAUUAUGCUGCGCCAGAGGUCAUCUCAGGAAGACUGUAUGCCGGUCCAGAAGUGGACAUCUGGAGCUGUGGCGUCAUUCUCUAUGCACUGCUGUGUGGGACUCUGCCGUUUGAUGACGAGCACGUGCCCACCCUCUUCAAAAAGAUUCGUGGAGGGGUCUUCUACAUCCCUGAAUACCUCAACCGCUCAGUGGCCAGUCUUCUAAUGCUCAUGAUGCAGGUGGAUCCACUGAAGAGAGCCACUAUAAAAGACAUCAGAGAACAUGAGUGGUUUAAACAGGACCUCUCUGGCUACCUCUUCCCCGAGGAUCCCUCGUACGACACCACAGUGGUCGAUGAGGAGGCGGUACGGGAGGUGUGCGAGAAGUUUGAAUGCACUGAAGCGGAAGUUCUGAGCAGCCUUUACAGCGGUGACCCUCAAGACCAGCUGGCCGUGGCAUACCACCUCAUUAUUGACAACCGGCGAAUCAUGAACCAGGCCAGCGAGUUCUACCUGGCCUCAAGUCCCCCAACCAGUUCCUUCAUGGAGGAGGGCAUGCCCCUGCCCCCAGGGGUAAAACCUCAUCCCGAGCGGAUGCCCCCACUUCUGGCCGACAGCCCCAAAGCACGAUGCCCUCUGGAUGCCCUCAACACCACACGACCCAAACCAUUGGCAGUGAAGAAGGCGAAAUGGCACCUGGGCAUACGGAGCCAGAGCAAACCGUAUGACAUUAUGGCUGAGGUUUACCGUGCCAUGAAACAGCUGGAGUAUGAGUGGAAAGUGGUGAACCCUUAUCACCUGAGGGUGCGUAGGAAGAACCCUGUCACAGGAAAUUUUGUGAAGAUGAGUCUGCAGCUCUACCAGGUGGAUAAUCGUAGCUACCUGCUUGACUUCAAGAGCAUCGAUGAUGAUGUCAUUGAGCACAAGUCAGGCUCAUCCACUCCCCAGCGCUCUGGCUCUACAGCUGGUCUCCAUCGGCCUCGCCUCAGCAUCGACUCAACAGUCACAGUGGCUGUGGAAAUGCCCCAGCUCAGCAGCUCUCUACCAGGGUCAUUCACUGGGAUCACACCCCUGCUGGCACCACGACAGGGCAGCCACACCAUGGACUUCUUUGAGAUGUGUGCCAGCCUCAUCACCACCUUGGCACGCUGA